AUGGCUGGUCUGUCCGGUGUCGGGGUUUUCUGGGCGUUCACGUCCCUACUAGCAGCUCUGGCGGGCAGUGUAGGAUUCUAUAUGCCCUUCUGGUUACGUGGGUACAUGGGAGAGACACCCGUGUAUUUCGGGGUUUUCCGGAGAUGUAACUACCCCCGGAUGAACGAGUUCGGAUCCCUUGUAAUGGUAGAACAGUGUGGACGUUACUCCACGUUCGGAGACAUUCCUAGUUUGUCCUGGCAGAUUGGAACUCUGACAAUUGGAGUGGGGUGUGGGAUAGCUAUGCUGGUGUCCCUCACGGCUAUCCUGGCCGUGUGUAUCCAGGGAAUAGUCUCACCGACAAUAGCCCGGGUGGCCGGGAUCCUGCAGCUGUGUGCCGGUUUGCUGAUUGGAUCUGGCGUAGGGAUAUACCCUAAUGGUUGGGACAGUUCAGAGGUACAGCAAGCGUGUGGUUAUACGUCACAGCCGUAUUACAUGGGGGAGUGCACUCUGUUUUGGUCGUUCUACCUGACGGCAGCCGGUGCCGCUGUGACCUUGAUUGGUUCAGCAAUGUCAUGUCAUGCAAGCAAACGAAAGUAUGGCCACGCCUCUUACGCUGAUAUGUGA